AUGACAUGGCAUCCGGCUGAUGUCUUUUCGAACAAUCCCAUAGCACACAAGGACUGCGCUCUCGUCAUUCUCAAUCAACCCUUGGAACUCAAACCAUCUUUUUACGCCAAGAUAUGGAAGAAUUCUAUCUACAGAGUCGCCGCCGAUGGAGGUGCGAAUCGGAUUUAUGAUAUCAAUACUUCCCAUGAGGGAGAUGAUCUUACGUUGGAUCUAGUCAUUGGAGAUUUAGAUUCCAUUUCCGCAAAAGCUACGAAAUAUUGGGAAGAUAAAGGUGUCAGGAUCACACAUGAUUCGGACCAAUAUUCCACGGAUUACAUGAAAGCUGUCAACUAUAUUUGGUCUGAAAAGCCGAAACCUCUCAACAUUGUGGCAAUUGGAGGACUCGGAGGACGAGUUGACCAAGGCUUAUCAAUGCUGCAUCACCUCUACCUCUUUCAAAAAGACUAUACUUCUGGCAAAAUGUUCCUCCUUUCAAGCGAAGGAGUCACUUUUCUAUUGAAGUCUGGAAGACAUCGGAUAAAGGCUAAAGAGACUUUCCAAGGCAUUAGCUUAGGCAAACAUGUUGGCAUCAUACCGAUGAAGGAGCCAUCUAUCAUCACGACCAAGGGCCUAGAGUGGGAUGUCACAGAUUGGCCAACGGAAUUCGGUGGUCAGAUCAGCACGAGCAAUCACGUGCAGGAGGAAUGGGUAACGAUUGAGACAACGAAGGAUGUUCUUUUCACGAUUGAUUUGAAAUUUCUCCCACAAGAGUCUGGCUGA